GGUUGUCUUCUUCAUGGUUGUAACGCUGUGUGAGAGGAAGCUUCAGUGGGAAGGAGGUCAGAGGAGGAACUGUCCCCAGAUUUGGAUUUGGACACGCUGCACUCUUGACUUGGAUUUCAGCUUUCUCUCCAUCCUUUUUUCCCCUGAGUGGGUCUGGACCUGCACCUGGAAUUUCAAGAACAUCACUAAAGACCUGCCCAGGGUCAAGCCAGUGGACUCAUUCAGAAAAAUCUUCAUUUGCAAGACGAACCCGACAACAGAACAAAUUAAAAACUCAAUAACAAAAAAGUAAAGACAAAAUGAGAUGGAGCCACAUAUCGAUCAACUCAUCUGAUGUGAAUCUUUUCCACAAGUGAGGAAGCAACAGGAGACCACCACAGGACAGAAGCUGCUUUUUGUCUCUAAGUAAUUUCAUGAAUGAUAUCAGAGCUGAACAAACUGAAGGAGCUGAGGGUGCAGGGUCAGACUUAAUGGACUGCAGGUAGGUGCAGAGACAUCCUGCACUCAGAUGUUUUCAUAAAGUGAAUUGGGGUCAAAGCGUGAACGAGCAUCUCUUGACCCUCUUCGCACUGAGGGAAAACACUUUGAUACAGUUGAAGAGGGCGUCAUGAAAGGUUUAAAUCUCAGCCGGGGGUUGCUGUUGCUUCUGCUGCUUUGGACCUUGUCUUCUGUCGCUGAUGCUGCCGGUGUUGCGAGCACCGAACGAGGAGGAGCUGGGAGAAGAAGAGGUGGUAGCGGUGGCGGCAGCGGGGAGAAGAGAAGAAAGUUUCACCGCAUCCAACACGGCCAGUGCAGCUACACCUUCAUCCUCCCGGAGCUGGACGGGUGCCAGGGCGGAGGAUCGCUGUCACAGGCUGAACAAUACGGCGUCUCUCGUGGCGGGGUGAGCGUUGUGCAGAGAGACUCGCCACCGAUCGACAGUGAAUGGUCCGCUCAGAAACUGCAGCACCUGGAGAGCACAAUGGAGAACAACACGCAGUGGUUGCAGAAGUUGGAAACGGUCAUUCAGAAGAGCGUGAAGCCGGACUCCACCAACAUACCAUCACACGUCGUACACAACCAAACGGCCACCAUGCUGGAGAUCGGGACGAACCUGCUCACACACACAGCGGAGCAGACUCGCAAACUCAACGUGGUGGAAGCCAAGGUGCUGAACCACACGUCUCGAAUAGAGAUCCAGCUGCUGGAGAACUCUCUGUCCACCAACAAGCUGGAGAAGGAGCUGCUACUGCAAACCACGGAGAUCAGUCAGCUACGAGACAAAAACAGUCGUUUGGAGAGUAAAAUCCAGCUGUUGGAGUCUCAGCAGAGAGGAGAGCUGGAGGACAUGAAGCAGGAGAAGAACCGGCUGCAGUCGGUCGUCAGGACUCAGAUGUCGGCCAUCGAGUCUUUGGAGCGUCAGCUGAGAGUCGCCAGCAGCAACAACACGGCUCUGCAGAGGCAGCAGGCUCAGCUGAUGGAGUCAGUACACACACUCAUCAACAUGGUGGCCAGUACGACAGGCUCUCCUCUCAGAGAGCAGAUGUGGAGGGACUGUGCAGAUGCCUAUAAGGCGGGUCACUCUGUCAGCGGGCUGUACAACAUCUACAUCAGCAACAGGACUGACCCUGUGCAGGUCUACUGUGACAUGGAGACGAGCGGCGGCGGCUGGACCGUGUUCCAGCGCAGGUUUAACGGCAGCGUUGACUUCCAGAGGAGCUGGAGAGAAUAUAAAAUGGGUUUCGGGGACGUGUUGGGAGAACACUGGCUGGGUAAUGAAGCGAUGCACCUGUUGACCAGUCAGGGUCAGUACUCUCUGAGGGUGGAGCUCAGGGACUGGGAGGGAAACCCCGCCCACUCCCAGUACGACCGCUUCACCCUGACCAAUGAGAGGCAGCAGUACAGGUUGUAUCUGAGAGGUUACAGCGGCACGGCGGGGAGGCAGAGCAGCCUGGCCACCCAUGGGACCGGCUUCAGCACCCGAGACCAGGACAACGACAACUGUGACCACUGCAAAUGUGCCCUGAUGCUCACCGGAGGUUGGUGGUUUGACGCUUGUGGUUUCUCCAACCUGAACGGUAUUUACUACACCGUCGGCCACAACAUCCGGAAGCUCAACGGAAUCAAGUGGCACCACUUCAGAGGCCCCAGCUACUCCCUGCGCUCCACCUCCAUGAUGGUACGACCCUACGACUUCUAA